GCAGACAGUAGCUAGUCGCACGCGCGAGGGCGAUACACAGACGCGAUUAAAUUUCCGACCCUUCCACCCUCCUUCUCCCACAGCGCAUGGGCCAUGUGGGCGAUGAGAUGAACACGUUGGCAUCCAUCGUGUCCCCACACACCGUCGCACGUCACCACCAGAGGGCAGAAGGUCAUGCGGGAGUCGCAGAUGGCCGAGCGGUACUUCUUCAUCUUCUUGGUGGUCACGUGCUGCUUCAGCAUGGCCUUGGUCGAUCUUGGAAGCACAAGACGGUGCGUCAGCAUCAGUGAUGCAGAUGUCAAACGACGCAGCCGCCUGCCGCUCCCACACGCCGCGAGCGACGG